AUGUUGUCUUUUGCUUUAUUGACUAAAUCCCUGAAUGGCCACAAUCAUGGUUCAUACAAGGCUCCACGUGCAUUCCCCAAGUAUCAAAUCUGCUCAAACCACACAUUCAAGAACUCUUUGACAAUGGGAGAGAGCUCAUUUGCUGUCAUUCCUAAAUCGAAACUCAAUAAAUAUAUCGAUUACUCUAUUAAGAGAUUCGCGGGUAAGACAUAUAACAAGAACAUGUCUGAAACAAUGCUCACCGUACUUCAAGAUUCCGAUGAUUUUGGAACCGUAUGGUGGCCAUAUGAGAUCAUGGGUUUCACAUUCGCAAAAUAUUGCCCAGAGAAGCAACUCCUUAAAGUCAAGUUGAUCUCUGCAAAUCUCACCAAAAAUGGAUAUUAUAGAAUCUCUACAACAAAGUUCUCAUAUGCAAUGAAGGGACCAUACGCAUAUGACUAUUUCGCAUUCUAUUUAUCCCAGUUAAAUGAAGUAUCAGUUACUGUUUACCCUCAUUUACCAAAAGGAUCAAAGAACGUAACUGUGAAGCAAGUUGUCAAGAAGGCUCAAGAAAUGAUUUCUAUUGCAAUUUCAUCAAUCCAAGAAAAUGGACAUAAACUCCCACCAAUGAUAAUUGAAUCAAUUUCAAGAAUAUACUAUAAUGCUUUACAUCAUGUAGCUAAAGGAGGUGAGAAAAGUGUUAUUCCAUGUACAUCAAAACAAAUGACAGGUGCUGAAAAGAGAAGAAUUGGCAGAAGAAUGCCAAGAUGGAUCCAUAGAAGGAAGGUUUUCCCACGCUGGUUCAAGCGCUUUCUUCAAAAGAAGCGUGGAUUAAAGAGAACAACAGCUAAGACCUUAAAGCAUUAA